AAUGCAUACAGGAUAUUUCAUGGGUUUAAGUAUGUGAUGUCCCAAUAUGUUUCAUGAUUUAACAUUUAAUUCUUAUACUUUUGUGAAAUUGAAUUCUAAUAUUAAAAAAAAUGGCCUGAAUUCUGAUAUUCUUACUGGGUAUAUGGAGGAAGGACAAGUGGGGGAAGAAGGAGAAACAGUGGAUGCCAAAGGUGUGUUGAAGGGCAUAGAGAAAUGCAUCAAGGCAUUUGGAAAAUUCAUCACCAUUGAUAGGAAUAAGGCUUGGUGGAAACUUAAAAGCUCAUUAGGGUCUUAUCCUUCCAUGGAGAAUCCAAGGGAUCUGCACCUGCUGGCUGACCUAACCACAACACUUAGAAAGAAGGAAGUAUGGUUGAAGGAUUUACAAGGGAAGCAGAGGUGCUGGUUUAACAAAGUGGUGAAGCCUAUGGAGGAGUCCCAGAAAGAGGCCAUGUUGUUUACAAUAAUAGAGAUGAAGCUGAUAUCAAGAGUGUUGCAGAUGUCAAUUGUGUCAUCUUCUCAACUCAAUUGGUGCCAGCAAAAGCUUAACAACAUUCAGUUCCACAGAGGCAGGCUCUUCAGGACUGCCACUGGCCCUCUUUUCCCAUCUUCUUGAUCCCCACCUCUAUUUCAAACUUUGUAUAUAUGU